AAUAAAACAAGCAAAGCCAAAUUGAUUACGAUACACUAUCGCCUGCCGGUUUAUAGCCUCGUUUUUCUUCUAUUUUAGCGCUCGUUGCCCCGCUCGGUUCCCCCUCAAUGGACAUUAUCGCUUUUUUGGCCAACCGACUGAUAACUGCUAUUCCAUGACGAUGGCACUGAUAAGCCGGUGCCGGCACUAACUACUGAAACAGCAAACCCGACGAACAGGCACGGCCACUGCCAGACAGAAAAAAAAACAUUACACAUUAGUAAGCAAAACGGGAAAAGACAACUACCGGUCUGCCAAGAGAAGCAUGGAUCUGCUGCACCGUGCCUUGCUCACCGCCGUCGGUGCACUCUCCCUCUUCUAUGCCCUGGUGAAGAUCAGCCUGGGCUACUGGAAGCGACGCGGCAUUCUGCACGAGAAGCCAAAGUUUUUUUGGGGCAACAUCAAGGGCGUUGUGGGCGGCAAAAGACAUCUGCAGGACGCCCUGCAAGUCAUCUACGCAAAGUACAAAGGAAGAGCGCCAUUCGUUGGCUUCUUUGCAUGCCUCAAGCCGUUCGUUUUGGUGCUGGACCUUGAGCUGGUGCGCCACAUUCUCGUCACACACGCGGGAAACUUCACCACGCGAGGUCUAUACAGCAAUGACGGCUCUGAGCCGCUAUCGGGAAAUCUUCUACAGCUGGACGGGCACAAGUGGCGGGCGCUCCACGCUCAAUCCACGGGCGUGUUCACCCCAGCGAACAUCAACAAGCUGCUGCCCAGGAUCGUGCUGAUCUCCAGGGGUGUCCAGAGAAGCCUGGGAAAGGAACGUCUGCAGACCCUGAACAUCAACGAGCUGGUGGACAGCUAUAACUUGGACGUGGUGGCCUCGAUGGCUUUUGGACUGUCAGCCGAUCACACGGAGUUCCGCCUGUGGACCCAAAGCUACUGGGGCAAGUUCAGUCUGUGGCGUGCCUAUCUGGCAUUGGAGUUCCCCCUACUCGCGCAGCUGCUCAAUCACAAGAGCUACGCCGUAUCGGCCAUGGCCUACUUUCAAAAGGUGGUGCUCGGACAGCUGCAGGAACAGCGUAGGAGGGAUCGCCAGCCACUGCAGACCUUCCUGCAGCUAUAUUCAAACAUGGACCAGCCACUGGACGAUGUCCAGAUUGCAGCACAGGCCUUUGGCUUCGUCCUGGCCGGACUGGUUCCCCUAAAUGCCACCCUCAGCUUUUGUCUCCACGAAUUGGCGCGGCAGCCGGAGCUGCAGGAUCGAGUCAGAGCAGAGAUUCGAAAGACUCUGGAACAACACAGCGGACAACUGACAACGGAAGGGCUGAAGGAGCUGCUUUACACGAAGCAAGUUCUGAAUGAAACGCUGCGCCUGCACACACCUUAUCCUUUCUUGUUGCGCCGAGCCACCAAAGAGUUUGAGCUGCCCGGAUCGGUAUUUGUCAUAGCACGGGGUAACAAUGUUCUCAUACCCACGGCAGCGAUUCACCGGGAUCCUGCCAUCUAUGAGGAACCCUUGCGAUUUGAUCCGGAUCGCUUUGAGACCGAAGCCAAACGAACCCGGCCGGCCAUGUCCUUUCUGCCCUUUGGCGACGGCUUGCGCGGUUGCAUAGCCGCCCAGUUUGUGGAGCAGGAGCUGCUGGUGGGUCUGGUGACCCUACUCCAAUACCACAGAUACACGCCCUGUUCCAAGACGGCAAUUCCCCUGGAGUAUGACAAUGGCAGGCUGCUGUUAAUGCCAAAAACGGGCAUUCAUCUGAAUGUGGAGCGGGUGGACAACUAAGGGCAGUGCUAGCCAGCCCCUGGA